UCCUCUCUCACGGGAGCAACAUGCGUAGAGUUCUCAUUUGCACUAUGCUGAUAAGCCAUAUGUUAUGCUUUUUUUUUCUUUUUUUUUCUGUGAAGUUUCAAGUAUUCACCGGAGCUGGUCAUGGACCGGCACGAUGGGCUUUCGCGCAAAUGGACAAGUUGGAGGCUGAAAAAUGAAGUUCUGAUACUGGAGAACGACGAGGAGCGCUAUGAGAUUUCGCUGCAGCACCAAGCAGGGACAGAUGCCAGGCGAUUUGAUCAGUACCGCUUUGCUGUCAUUUCUGGUCGGACGUCGCUUUCAAGCUGGAGUAAGGCGACCUAUCCUUUAGAUUUCGGAAACCUGGCAGAAGUGCUGUACGAGGACCUAGAUUGGCAGGAUUUUGAAUGGGUCGAGCGCGGUGUAGUAGUCCAGCCAAGCCAAAGGGUCAAAGGUGAUCACACUCGGAGCGGCUUCAGCUCUUUGAUGGAGGGUAUCGAGCCCACCAACCACAGGUCCAAAGAUGCUGCGGACGAAAGCGCUCGGGCCAUGGAGGUUGGGGAUAAUGGAAUCAGUGGCGAAGAAUCAGAUGGAGCACGGAAAGCGAAGAUGGCCCUUGAUUCUGCUAACGCAGGGUCAUCCGAGCCUGGUGCUCAAAAAGGACAGCAAGAUGGAGUGUUUUGCGUCGUGAGUCGACUGUUUUGGCGGCCCAGGACAGAACAACGCUUACCAAGGCCGUCCAGUAUAGGGUCGUCGAUGCAGAAUGAGAGUAAGACGGAAAGGACAGCGGUCUCUGAGACAUCGUCCUCCACCACUGUUAACGCACAUAGUGAGCCUUGGCGCACCGCACCCGGUGAAGCUGCAAGAGGAAAUGCUACGGGACAGGUUACUGCUGCGGCUGGCGGAAGUAUCGAGCCUGCACCUGGAUCUACGCCUUCAUUCCCAGCUCCCAUCGCGACCACUGUGCAACAACCUCCUAGUCAGCAAGCUACAGCCCCAUCGGGUUUUAAUGUGAACACGAUGGAUGUGGAUAUGAUGACGAGAGUUACGAAGUCAACUGUACCAGAACCGCAACAGCCAUCAGGCGACUCAAGCACGAAAGAAGCAAAGACCCCAGCAACAGCAUCCGUUUCAGAAGACAGGCAGGCCGAACGCGAGGAGGGCGAACUGGAGGAGGGCGAGAUAGCAUCAGACUAGGGAUGCAAAUAAUGAGCGUGUUUUAGCUAGAGUACUAAACAAUUGCUGGUCUGGUCACUUGGCACUGUAUCGGUUACCAUACAUUUCG